AUGGAAGGCAUUGUUGAUAGAUCACACUGUGCAACUAUUCACGAUGCCCCAACAGGAUCCGCGGACGAACUUCAUGGGGACAUAAAUACCAAUAUGGCAGCCCCUUCCUCUUCUCCAGUCCACUUCGACGAGGCAAUAGGGCCAGCCAACGACAUCCAAAUCGCAGAAAAUAGAGAAAUGCUUAACAAGGACCACUGUGUCAUAAUUCAGGGUCUCCCAGAGUCCUCCGCUAGUUCCCCCAGGGAACGAAUCGCUGCUGACUUAGAGCAAUUCCAGAAACUCCUAAAUGAAAUGCUGCAACCAACAGAAGAUAUCACAGUCCUAAAGGCGUUUCGUCUUGGUAGCCGUACAAAUGCCGCACCGAAGACGCGACCAAGACCCCUGAAAAUCGUCCUAGGUAGCAAUGACCAGGCGAAACGAAUCCUCUCCAGGCGUUUUCGAUUGAAGCAUUCUCAUAAAGGAGUGUUUUUUCUGCCGGACUACUCACCUGCCGAGAGAAUGAAACGCCGCGAACUUGUCCUAGAAUUGAGAAUACGGCAAACCAACGGAGAAAAAAACUUAACAAUCUACAAAGACCGGAUUGUCAAACGACAUUCCGCUCACCUCUGGAUCGAGCCGAUCCAAAUGACCGCAAAGCUACCCCAGUAG